CAGCAUUGCUAACUACUGAGCCACCAUGCCACCCCUGCAAUUCUAGACUGUUGAACCCUGGUCACAACAUUGACCGAGGCAGCUAUCUUGGUACAGACUGGCUUUGGUGGUCUGCUGUCCUCUUCACUACCCCAUCCAUCUACACCUUCAAUAAUGUCCAAAGUCUCAGACUGCUUCCCAGAACUCAAUGUAUCGUUAGAUUAAUAAUAUCAUUGGCCAAUUGUACCAUACUCUUAUACUUUGGUGCAACAAGAUAUGAUUGAUACAAUUAUUUGAGAUUUCAGAAAAACAACCCUGAAUUCCCACUAUCUGUGAUAAAGUCCUAUCAAAACAUGAACAGUUAAAUAAUGAGACAAAUUGUAGGAGACUUGUUAUACUCAUAAUAAGCCUAAUGAAAAUAAACUCAAUUUUAAAAUAGACACAUUAAUUUGAUCAAUAUAUUUGUUAUUUAUCCGUAAUGGAGAAAUAUCAGUGUACCAUUUUAUUCCACGUGUGGAAUGGAGAGUAUAGCGUGAUUAAAUACGGUAAUGAGGAGUUAUUUUAUCAUUAAUGAUUAGAGAAAAUAAAGACUGCAUCCUUUCCCCAUAAGACAACCUUGAGGGGACAAGUGGUGUUAUGAGGAAAGUUGGGCAGGCUAGACUUAUAUCUACGGAAGUUUAGAAGAGUAAGACGUAACUUGAUUGAAACAGAGGGUGGAUGUGAAAUGGAGUUUUCUGCUUGUGGGAGAAUCUAGAACUAAUAACUGUCACUGUUUUAAAAAAGGGAUCAUCCAUUUGUGGAGAGAAGUGGAGAGAACUUUUUUCUGACUUCCUUCCUCAAAAGGCAGUGGAAGCAGAGUCUUUGAGUAUUUUUCAAGAAAAAGUAGAUAGAUUCUUGUAAGCAAGGAGGUGAAGAUGAUCAGGAUUCUGAAGUAAUCAGAUAAGCCAUGAUGAUAGUGAAUGGCUGAGCAGGCUUGAGGAGAUAAUGUACCAUGGGCACCAGCUGUUGACUGGAACCAUGCCUAAGUAGUUUUACGUGGAGUUGUGUACUUGGUUACUGCCUGUGUCCUUUCUGACACAAUAUACUUAGUCAGCCUUGAGUGAUGAUUUAAAAAUGAAGUUCUUUCUUAUGUCCAAUUGUAAGAUAGCGGUCGCGUGGCUGGGAUCAAGUAACUCAACCUGUACAGUAUGUUCUUAGAUAUUGGUGUUGACAAGUUGUUCAACUAUGAAGAUCCUCAUAGCUGUGCCUGAUAAUAUAAUUUCCUGAAUACUCACAUAUGCAUAAUUUUUGGGGUUACCCAAUAGGAUAAAAUUUAAUUGAAUAUUGCAAAGAAUUUCAAAAAUUAUUUUUCAAAAUGAACAAGUGAAUACUUGAUUUAAAAGGGACGUUGCUACCAAGAGAGGUCAGAGGUGGGGUGGAGUCUCAUUGAGCUGAUGUCUGUGAAUUUCUAAUUACAGUAAUUAAAGCUUUCAAUUCUAAGUCAUUUUGGGACAUUUGUAAAUACCAGUUUUGAACUGGUCCAGCACCUGUUAAUGAAUCAAUUUUUAAUGUUAAUUAUGACUCUUUCCGUAAAGGAUUUAAUGAAGCUGGGAUCAUCCCUAAAUUUACAAAAGAAAAUUUAUGACUUGAGUGAAUUAAAUAUUUAUAUGAUUGUUUCAAAGAUUGUACAACAAGUUGUAUAGUGCAUUGUGGAAGCUGAGGACAGUGGACCUAGCUUAUUAAUAUUUAAUGAAAGGAACCAGAGAUGGAUCAUGUUACUAAUGCAGACUACGAUUGAAUUAUUAAUGCCACUAUUAAUUCCACUACCAUUGUGUAUUACUUCAUAUGUUGCUGCAAAGAAUUAUAUAAUUUUGCCUUUCCAGUCUGGGUUUUUAGUUUUCUUUAUAUGUUCAGCAAUGCAAAAUAGUGUAGUUCAGUUUGCCUUGGGUGUCUUACUAUUGUGGAUUGUCUGCAGAGUCACAGCCAGACCAGGUAAAACAUCCAUUGUCUGUAUGUUCUAAACUGUUACAUAUAGAUCUCAUGGGUUUAAGCAGAUAAAAUGCUAUCUUUCCUGCCUUGAUUUUAGGAGACUAUUUUCAAACUUGAUAAGAAAAAAGUGUGAUUGAAGUCAAUUUCCAGCGAACUGAGAGCCAAUAGAGACAGAAGUAUAAAUUUCAGACAAUACUGACUAUCUAGUUUAUGAUGUUAACUGCUUUCUCAAAGCAGUGUUUGUACUCAGGCUGAAAUUGUGAUUACAAUUUCAAAACUUGUAAUUUUGGUGAAAAUGAAAAUCUGGUGAUUUUCAAUCCAUUGUUGAGUUUUACGUGGAGCUGUGUACGUGGUCACUGCCUUUGUUCUUUCUGACACGAUGUACUUGGUCAGCCUUGAAUGAUGAUUUAAAAAUGAAGUUCUUUCAAUUGUAAAAUAACAGUCUCAUAGCUGAGAUCAGGUAACUCGAUGUAAAGCUAUUAGGAAGGUUACUAGUAUUAUUGCAAUAGGAUUUGAGUACAGGAGUAGUGAAGUCUUGCUUCAAUUGUAUCGGAGCUCGGUUCGACUACACCUAGACUACUGUGUGCAAUUUUGGUCUCCUUACCUCAGGAAAAAUAUUAUUAUCAUAUAGGGAGUUAAAUGAAGGGUCAGCAGACUUGUUCCUUGGAUUGUGGAAAUGUCCUCUGAAGAGAGAUUGGGUAAAUUGGGCCUGUAUUCUAUAAAGUUUUGAUCUCAUAGAAACCUACAAGUUAUAUAAAGGGAUAAACAGCAUAGAUGUAGGAAGCAGAAAUAAAUUGCUGGCGAAAUUUAGUUCUGAUGAAGAGUCAUCGGACUUGCUUGAAAUGUUAACUCUGCUUUCUCCCCACGGAUCCUUCCAGAUCAUGAGUGUCAUAAACCAUUUCUGUUUUUGUUUCAGAUCUCCAUCAUCCACAGUUUUGUUUUGUUUUAGUUGCAGGAAAGAUGGUUCCCUUGGUUGGGGAGAUUGGAACCAAGGGGCACAAUUUAAAAAGUGAGCAGAAUUUUAUUUAGAGUUGAGAUGAGAAUUUGUCUUAUUCAGAAAAUUGUGCAUCUUUGAAGUUCUCUAUCCUAGCUGUGGAUGCUCAGUCUGAGUAUGUUUUGAUGUUUAAUGUUUAACUGAGUAUGUUUUUUUGAUAGAUUUCUGAUUACCAAUGGCGUAAAGGGUUAUCGGGAUAGUGUGGGUAUGUGUCCAAUCAACCGUAGUGUAAGUGGCUGAUGGGAUGAAUGGCCUUCUCCUGCUCCUAUGUUCAUUUGAAAGGGAUGAAAUCUGCAACAUUCCUGAAUGGUUCUUUUAUCACACCAACUGCUAUGUUAUCUCUUGAAUUAUUGAAUUUUUGGCCUUUUUUAUGUGAAAUUAUUAACAUUCUUAAAGCAUUGAAGCAAAUGUUACAGAAAAGCAUAAUUUUUUUGCUUUUUUUCCCAUUAGGGGUUAAAUGUGGCGGCAUACUUUCGGCAACGAAUGGGAAUUUCUCCAGCCCUAACUUCCCAGGAUAUUAUCCAUAUGAUACUAAAUGUACAUGGCUCAUUGUUGUUACAGAGGGCUCCUCCAUUUUGCUCACCUUCCAUUACUUUGACCUUGAAUUUCACACUUACUGCGAAUAUGAUUACAUUAAAAUCUAUAAUGGAGUGCCCGAGGAUGAGGGAAAUCUUCUGGGUACAUUUUGUGGAAAAGUCUUUCCUCCUCACUUUACCUCUUCUUGGCAUGUGAUGUCAAUCAUUUUCCACUCAGAUAAGCAUGUGGUCAGCCAUGGAUUCUCUGCUUCAUACCGCAAAGAUAUGUGUGGGGGAGUAGUAACGGGUCUGUCCGGAGUGCUGUCUAGCCCUGAGUACCCAGAUAAUUACCCCAAUAAUGCAGAAUGUCACUGGAUUAUUCGAGUCUCCAAUCAAUCAGUGGUCAAUCUGAUUUUCUAUGACUUUCAUCUGGAAAACAAUGAGGAUUGUAGCUUUGACUAUGUUGCCUUGUUUGAUGGAUCCAGCAUGAAAGACAGACACUGGGGUCACUAUUGUGGUCGAACAAAGCCUCCGAACAUGAUCUCCAGCGGCAGUGAACUCCUUGUUGUUUUUAAAUCAGAUUUCAAUAUUGGUGCAAGGGGCUUCAAAGCAUUUUAUUUUUCAGGUGAAUGUCAGCAAGUAUUCACAGCUAUUAAAGGGAAUUUCUCUAGCCCACGCUAUCCAAAUAUUUACCCAAAUAAUAUCAACUGUCACUGGACAAUCCACCAACCUCUUGGUUACAGGAUCAACAUUCACUUAAAUGAUUUUGAGCUGGAGGACAGGGACAGCCUGACAGAUGCCUGUGACUAUGAUUUUCUUGCGAUCUUUGAUGGAGAAAGUGAAACUGACACAUUGCUAGGGAAAUGGUGUGGUCAGAACUCACCGUCUUCACUCCUGUCCAAUGGGAACAGACUUUUAUUUGUGUUAUCUGCUGACAGGAAUACAGCUUCUCGUGGCUUCCAUGUAUCAUAUGAUGGUGUCAUUCCAAUGAACAUCAGCUGCACAAGAACAGAUUUCCAGAUUCAGAUUGCUGCGCAUGCUGUUACUUCACUCAGUCAAAGCAACAUUUAUCUAGGAAACCAAGGCUGUACUGCUCAGGUUUUUGGCUCUGCAUACAAAAUUAUCUCACGAUUUGAUGCAUGUGAAACAAAGACCCAGAGAAGAAGAAAUGUUACUAUCUUUGUGAAUAUUUUGUAUGUAAAGUUUUCUGAUGGAACCUGGGAAGACAACCAGGAAUAUGAGGUGCAAUGUGACCUUAAAAGAAAAGCUGCUUCAUACAACAUUAUUACAGACACAGAACUGUAUCAGCUUCAACACCAGGCUGUUAAUCUUGAGGAUUCCAACUCUGAUGAGUUGAAGGUGGUAGAUGGAUCAGAUCUUUCCAGAAUGCAAGAUAGCAGUGACAUUGUCUUCAUUGGUAUUUGUGUUUUGGCUGGAAUUCUCAUGUUGAUUGCUAUCAUAGGGCUGGUCCUUCUGUAAGGACAUGAGAUGAUUGUAUGUUUAUGGUUGUAAUGGUGUAUUAAUCAGUUUGAAAAAAUGACUUUUUGGAGGGUGGCUGUAAUGUAAUUUAAUUUUUUAAUGCCUUUUUAGCAAGAAACUCUCAGUGCAGUGGUAAAUCGCAGUUUCUGUGAAAUACUUGUUUUGUUAAUUUUCCUAUCAUAGAACAGUACAGCAUUCAAAGACCAAUCUGCCCAUCAAGUUUGCGCUGCUUCUUUCAAAGCACAAUCCAUUUAGUCCCACUCCCAGUUCUUUUCCCACUUCCCUGCAAUUUAUUUUAAAGUCUUUAUCAACUUCCUUCCUGAAAGCUACUGUGUUCCGUCGUGUUAUUAAGCUGUACAAUUCCAAAUUCAAAGUACUCAUUUUGUUAAUAAAAAAGUUUUUCCUCA